UGGCUGAUAAAUUUAAACGUCUUCUUCUAUUUCUGACUUGAAAACCUAACAACUAUCUGAUUAUUCCAAAAUUACAUGUCCCAUAAAGAUUAAGCAUCAAACAAGUGAUUGACAUAAUCAGGUGUGAUGGAAUAACUCAAAACCACCAGAGAUCUGUGGAAGAAGGUAAUUGCCUGAUUCGGGCAUGCAUUCUCAGAGACAAGAAAACAGCAGUGAAGUUACACCAUAUUAGAGAGACUGUAGGAAGGUACAGACAUCAGAGAUGUAUACAUUAAUAUAAUAACAGUGGUUCCAUUUCCUUCUACUGUUUAUGCAGUCUACAGUAUUAAAUCGUUUUUGUUGCAGUUUGUCACUGAGGUUAUCCACUGAUGACUCCUCUUCAUAUUACUCAUUUCUAUCCCCACCCUACUACUCACUCACCCAAUCCUUCCAGCAGUUCCACACCUUACCCUGCUCAGACCUUCCCAUAGGGAAAAGUCUUUUCUGCCUAACUUAUUUUUCUGAAAAUAUUUUUUUUGUCCCUGCCUAUUUGCUUAACUCUAAAAAUUCCCCAGCAGUUGUUCUAAGCACUUCUAACACCUAAUUAUUUCCCAGUGCCACCAUGCCAGCAUGGUUAUUAUCUCCCUAUGCAUCUUCAGUUCCCUCGUGUUCCUUUUCUGCUGAUGGUUUCCAAAACAGUGACUUCCUCAAAUUUUCCAAAGACAAUUUCUGAAAUCUUGACAUAUCUUCUACACAGUAUUGUAAGAAACAACACCAUGACUCACUGUCUCAUUACACUGCAAAACUUUGAAUGUCUGUCUUUAACAAUAUGUAGAGUGUCUUCUAAGGUAUUAAAAAUGUAAGAGCUUGUGUGAUUGAACAUCUUAGGAAACAAUAGUUAUUUUGAUUGCAUUUAGAAAUGUCAUAAGAUACCAGAGUAGAUUGUCCUUGAACACACGUGUGUAUUUUAUUUAUGUUCACAAUGAUAGAAACAAUUAUGACAAUGCAGAAAGAGAAUACAAAUAAUUUGAUGGAUUGCUUUAUAAGUGUUUUGAGGUAAAUCUAAUGGAAGUCUGUGCCUUUUAAUGAGCUGCUUGCUUUUUCUCCUUUUUCCUUUGAUCUUUACAGCUGUCUCCAAAAGAUAUUUUCAAAUACAGGAAGCAACAUGCAAGAGUGCUAAGAUUCUGAUGACAGAUGAUCAAGAAAAAGAAUGGAAGUAAAUCUCUUCAGCAAUUCUACUGUUAUAAACAGUUCAUCCAUCAACCAUAAACAGUUAGAAGGGCAUAGCCUCUGGGAAGUUAUUACUAUUGCCACUGUAACUGCAAUUGUGAGCUUAAUAACCAUAGUAGGAAAUGUUCUUGUAAUGAUAUCCUUCAAGGUCAACAGUCAGCUCAAAACUGUUAAUAAUUAUUACUUGCUCAGCCUUGCCUGUGCAGACCUCAUCAUUGGAAUAUUUUCUAUGAACCUCUAUACCUCUUAUAUACUCAUAGGCCAUUGGUCUCUUGGAAGCCUGGCGUGUGACCUGUGGCUAGCUCUGGAUUACGUAGCUAGCAAUGCCUCUGUCAUGAACCUCCUAGUCAUCAGCUUUGACAGGUAUUUUUCUAUCACAAGGCCUUUGACGUACAGGGCUAAACGCACGCCCAAAAGAGCUGGCAUCAUGAUCGGCCUGGCGUGGCUAAUCUCCUUCAUUCUAUGGGCACCUGUAAUAUUGUGCUGGCAGUAUUUUGUGGGUGAACGAACAGUACCCCCUGAGGAAUGCCAGAUACAGUUUUUAUACGAGCCUAUUAUCACCUUUGGUACUGCAAUUGCUGCUUUUUACAUUCCAGUGUCAGUGAUGACCAUUUUAUAUUGCCGCAUCUAUAAAGAGACUGAGAAACGUACCAAGGACCUUGCUGAACUUCAGGGUUCUGAGUCUGUGGCAGAAUUUGAGACGAUAAAGCCUCAGAAAGCUUUCCUGAAGUCUUGCUUCAGUUGCAAGCAACAAAACUUAGUCAAAAGGGAGAGAUGUCAGGCUUCCUGGUCUUCAUCCAGUCGAAGUACAUCAGCUACAGUGAAGGCAUCCCAAGCAGCGAGCAUGUGCACUGACUGGGCUAAGGCUGACCAGCUGACCACCUGCAGCAGCUAUGCAUCUUCAGAAGAAGAGGACAAACUUGCCACUGAUCCUGUUUUCCAAGUAGCUUACAGGAGUCCAUCUAAAGGUAAGGACGAAGAGUUUAAUGAAAGGGAAAGUAAGGAUAUUGUUGUCAAAGACCAACCUGAAGAAAAUGAUUUUGAGACCCAGCAAUACUUUUUAUCGCCUGCCAUAGGCCAAAAAAGUAAAAAAUGUGUGGCCUACAAAUUCCGCUUGGUGGUUAAGGCUGAUGGCACUCAGGAAGCCAACAAUGGUUGCCGUAAAGUAAAAAUAACUCCUUGUUCUGCUGAUCUGUCGAAGGAUCCUUCCAUCAAAAGCAUGGAUCCAAAUAUAAAUAACCAAAUCACCAAAAGGAAAAGGAUGGUUCUUAUAAAAGAACGUAAAGCAGCGCAGACUUUAAGUGCCAUUCUUUUGGCUUUUAUCAUCACAUGGACUCCCUACAAUAUCAUGGUUUUGAUCUCCACAUUCUGCUCUGACUGCAUUCCUCUGACAUUGUGGCACCUUGGAUAUUGGCUAUGCUAUGUGAACAGCACUGUUAACCCCAUGUGUUAUGCUCUCUGUAACAAAACUUUCAGGAAAACUUUUAAGAUGCUGCUUUUCUGCCAGUGGAAAAAGAAGAAAGUGGAAGAGAAACUGUACUGGCAGGGCAAUACUCGAAUGCCAUAACUACCCCUAUAUAAGAGAUAAAGGAAAAAAUAGAGACUAACAUACCCCAGUAAAGGACUUUUAAUUCUGUAUUUUCGAAGCUGUUGUUUUAUAUGCCUAUGUGUUAAAAAAAUAGUCAGCAAAAGGUGAUCCUUUGCAUGAAAGCAGUGUGCUUGGGAUAAAGAAGUCUUUUGUUGCUGACGGUGUUCAUGAUUAUGCAGUAGAUCUGCAUUAAAAAUUAUUGUGUUUGGGGUCUUCUGUCCUUUCUUCUGCCUGAGAAAUUGUAGUGUGUCUUAUGAACUUCUAAGAAUUAGCGUGUGAUUGUCAUCCAGUCAUCAGGUCAGGUUAUCCAGCCUCUCUCCCGGUAGCGCAGAACUGCUUUUUCCUACAGUUCCUUUCCUCCUUUCUGCUGUAUUAUCUAUUUAUUUUUCAAUGGAGAAAGCAAUGGAACAUGUUCUACUUCUGUUUUGAGGCUUUUCCACAUGCUAUUGGAAGGACUAUUUAAAGAGGGAAAUACUGUUAUCCCCAAUACUAAAUGGGUGGGGAGAUUCUUAGUACUCCGAAAGAAUACACCUACUAUAGGAGAAUGUAAUAUUGAGAAAAUUUCCACUUUAAGAAUGUCUUUUCUGGGGGACAGAGGAAGGGCCCUGGGGGGAGGAAAUAGAUAAUGUAUUUUAUAUAACAAG